AUGCUUUCAAUAGAAAAAGAAAAUUCAAGAGUUGCUACAACUAAACCAUUAGAUGAACUUUUUACGAAUGUCGGUCAAAAGUUUGAGACAGAGACCGUAAAGCAUGAAGGCUAUCGUUUUGACUACCCGUUAAGAUGGUUAAGAGACCCAUCUGUCACAAAAGCUAUUGGCUUUCGUAGAAUGAAGUUCAUUUCAGAAGCCAUACAUGGUUUCCCAUUUACGGUCGGUUUUGAAGUUCGAUACUAUAACAAAGAAAAACGUACGUAUGAGAAAUUUGAACAGGGAAAACUUUUACAAGUGAAUUUGCUUGUAAACUUAGAAACAACUCUUCAAGCUUUUCAAGAAAAAAUAAACGAUAUCUAUCUCGAAUAUGCAAAACAGUAUAACAUUGACGAGGGAGAGUACCAUCUCGAUAUUAUAUAUGACAGGAAAAAUGCAACUGUUAAAAUCAAUAGAAUAGAAGACCUUGGAGAAAACGUUUAUAUUUCUACAAAAUAUAACAACUUGGCAUGGUAUAG